GCUAGGGAUGACCGCGGGGUGGGUUGGGGUGGCCCGGCCAGCGUGAGUGCACACGCUGGUGGUUGCAAUGCUGGCCGCAUCUGAGGUGUGUGGUGCGGCGGCGGGGACGCGAGUUGGGCGUGAGACUCGGCCCCGCCGGCACCCCGCACUGUCGGUGCCCGGAAGGUCCGAGACUGCCGUCCCCAUCCCGGCGCCCCACCUUCCCCGGCCUGAGUUGCAUUUUUCUCUGGGGCUCGCGUUCCGUCUUGUCAGAGCAGUCCGGGAAGCUCUGUAAGAGCCAGUGUGGGAGAACGCGGCGGUUUCGUUUUCGGAGACAGGUUGCCUUCUUAGGGCUAAUGAUUUUCACGCAGGCAACCUUCACACGGAGGCAUUCCGGGAGCUAGAGGUCAGCUUGCAGCGGCGCCGGACUGUGGAUGGCCUUGACUGACGGCGGCUGGUGCCUGCCGAAGCGCUUCGGGGCCGCGGCUGCGGACGCCAGCGACUCCGGAUCCUUUCCAGCGCGGGAACCCUCCACGCCGCCUUCUCCCAUCUCCUCUUCUUCCUCCUCCUGCUGCUCCCGGGGUGGGGAGCGCGGCCCCGGCAGCGCCAGCAACUGCAGGACGCCGCAGCUCGACACGGAGGCGGUGGCGGGAACCCCGGCCCGCUCGCUGCUGCUUAGUCCCUACGCCGCGCACCACCCCUUCGGGGCUCCCCACGGACCUUCGGCCCCGGGGGUCGCUGGCCCCGGGAGCGCCCUGCCGAGCUGGGAGGACCUGCUGCUCUUCACUGACCUCGACCAGGCCGCGACCGCCAGCAAGCUGCUGUGGUCCAGCCGCGGCGCCAAGCUGAGUCCCUUCGCACCCGAGCAGCCCGAGGAGAUGUACCAGACCCUCGCCGCCCUCUCCAGCCAGGGUCCGGCCGCUUACGACGGCGCGCCCGGAGGCUUCGUGCACUCNCCGGGAAGAGCGCAAUGA